AUGUUGUGGCUUCUUUCUCUCCUCACUACUUUCACCGCCGUCUUUGCUGCUGAUAUCAAUACUUUGAUGUAUGAUGUCGGCAACUUGACUGCUAAUGUCAACGCAUUGGACAGCCUCGUUGUUAACUUCAAGCAUGGCUUCUUCAACGACAUUGUUCCUUUGAUCAAGCUCCAAAACGCUGCCGUCGAUUUGGGCAGCGAGAUCCAGUCUGUCACCAACGACUUCAACAAUACUGCUCAGUUGGACGCCCAGGACACCCUCGCAAUUGCCACUCCUCUCGCUAAUAUUGUCUCCCCUCUGCAGAAGGUCCUCACCGAUAUUAACAACGCGAAGCCUCAGUUUGACAAGGCCAUUCUUGAUUUCCUCUCCGCCUCUUGCAUCAUCAAGGGCCAUGUUGCUCACCUCCAGAAGGUAACUGACCAGCUGAUCAACCAGGUUGAGAUCACUAUUUACCCCCCUUUUGCCGGUGUGAUCGGUCCCUUGAAGCAGCAGGUUGAUGAUGCUUUCAAGGCCACGCUCAAUGGUCCCUACGCCAAAGUCGUUGCCCUUUAUAUCCCUUUCAAGCUUUAA